CCUUCCAACCAUCAACGUUAAUUAGACUUAAUUGUCAAUAGAGAGCUGAGGAUUUAAGUACGAUAUUUAUCUGGCUCAGAUCUAAGCUAUCUACCUUCCAUCAAUAAUAACCCUCCACACCACACAGAAUUACCCCGUGGGUGCCCCUCCCCAUCCUCCACCAAUCAGAUCACUGUACCGUUCCUUUGGAUGUGGGAUAAGUGGAGACUGGGUCUUUGUAAACAAAGACUUACUCAUGUGAAGCAUGGUGUGUUAACAGUGCUAUACAACCCAGAUGUCAGCUUAGUGUUCCCUGAUUUACAGUGCACCCAGUACUCUGACGGAGAUCGAUCCUGACAGGUGUUGACGGCUUUUUUCUGCCCUACAAAUGGAGUAUUAGUACCAAGGAGCUGUCCGGCCUGAAAUCUUCAGCAAAUGUUUUAGUCACCUAGCUCAAAGUUCACAAGGAAACAACAUUAGAUUCCUUCAGGGACCAAAUCCAGGGAAUCUGCUAUCAAUUUCCAAUGAUGGAAAGUCAAAGAUCCGGGACAAAUAGCAGGAAAUAUAUAGAAGCCAACAUCUGACGUGAGAUUCCUGUCUGGUUUACUGAUAGGGACCGCUGGAGGCUGUGAUUACGGAGCGGUAAGGAUGUGAUGUUGACUAGUACACUCAAGGACAUACACCAGCACCCAAACGCCCGAGUAAUAUGGAGGAGGAGUGUUUCUCCAGACGUACAAUCCUAUCUUUUAAAUAGUGAAGAGUGUCUACUUAAAACUGGUUAGAAACUUGGCAGAAUACAUGCUUAUCUGGAGUCGAAUUUCACUCAAAUGUUGUAAUAGUUGAGGAUUGUGUUAUUGAUUUUCCAGAAAUAAAAUUUAAAAAGUAAGUGAAAGACGUGAGACGUACUUAUAUAAACGGUGUCGCUGCAUAUCACAGUGAUAUGAUCGGCGUAUUGCCCACAGCGGUGUUCAGAAACGAGACAUGUUCGCAGAAUAUAUAGUAAAAUUGGAUACAGUUCAAAUUACAAGUGAAAGAAAUAUUGGAUUCACCUAGGAGAAAAUUUUAGUGUCUCCAAAAUUGCAAUAUGGCAAGAUAGACUACGAGUAAAUAAGCGGAGUUGUCUCCCCAUGUUGACAGGUGACCACAAUGAGGCUCUCCCUUGUCUACAAACUCGUUCUGCCUGGCCUCCUAGUACUGUACACAUGUGUUAUGGUCGGGUUACAUCUCGGCUUCCUACAGAGGGCAGUAGUGGUCACCAGUCACAACAAAAACUUCCUUCUCAUACCGGAGAGUUCCGACGAAGAGGAACCACUCUACAGACAUCAAAGCCAUUUUGGUGUGUACAACCAAAAGGAUCGAAGGCCACUGAAUGACCUUCACCCCUACAGGAAGGUCAAACAAGAACACCAGACUCUUAAGUUAAUGGAGAGUUUGGAUGACGGUACGACUCUACAAACAAAAAGUUCGACGAGUGUAGGAAAUGUGUCCGUAUUUUCUGUUUACUACGACAACAGGCCGACACUGAAGGAUGGCCAGCCUUGUAUGAGAAUUAUCGGACUAAAACGUUUCAACAGUGUGGAAAGUUUAAUCUGUCAUUUUAAUUACGGACACAACACCUGGUUGAAGGUUCACACGCAUAGUUACGAAAUGUGUGAGAACCACGGCCGAUAUUAUGGAGGAUGGAUAUUUUCAUGUGAAAUUCCCGAGGAAAUUCUUAACAACACUGUGCUUGCAAAAUUAACUACAAUAUCAAUAUCCAGUAAUUUACACCCAGAAAAACUUGUGAAAUUAAAAAUAACUUCAUCUACAUUUAAGGAAUCGGUUGAAAAAUCAACAAGCAGUGAUAUCAUUCCAUCAAGUGAACAUUCCAAUUUAGAACCUAAAAUUUCACAAAAACAGAAAUUUGGUCUUUGCCUUCCGCCAAUAUUUGGUGAUAUUUCGUUAUCUUUAUUGAUUCAGUUUAUUGAAUUUUCAAAAAUUUUAGGGGCAUCUCAUCUGACGUUUUAUAUAUAUGAUAUAACAGACGCCGUCGAGAAAUUAUUGACAUUUUAUAAAGAAAAAGGGGAGGUAACUCUCGUGGACUGGAGGCUUUCACCCCAGAUAAACGAGAGAGAAAUUUGGUAUCAUGGUCAGCUAUUAGCCAUUCAGGAUUGCCUAUACAGACACAUGGCUGAUUUCGAAUAUUUACUUUUUGUAGAUUUGGAUGAAUUUCUGCUUCCUGUACAUAAUUACUCCUGGUCCGACAUGGUGCAUUCUUUAAGAAAUUUUGAAACCGAUUCACCUAAUGUUGCAGGAUUUUCUUUCAAAAGUGCUUUCUUUGAUCCAAAACAAGUUCCUGAUCCUUCCCAACAGCUUACAUUCCUUCAGCUUCUACAGAGAAAUAAAGUCCUCAGUUCUGUCAGAACGAAACUGAUGGUAGCCCCUCAGAAAAUAUUCGAGUUAGGAAUUCAUCAUGUUAGUAAGACAAUACACAAAGACAUGAGGAUUCUGGAGGUGGAUCCCGGCAUCGCUAAGAUUCACCAUUACAGACCGUGUAUCAUCAAUUACGAACCAGACAUGAAAUGCUAUUCAGAGGAACGUGAUGAAACAAUACUAAAAUAUGCAACCCAUCUGGUAGAAAAUUACCAGGUAAUUAUUCGCGAAACUCUAGAUCUGUUUGUACCAGACAGGUGAGUGUCAGAGGUUCAACACGAAGAACUUUGGCAAAGAUAUCAAAGGAGAAAAACGUGAUAUAUCAAUGAUUGUUUGGUAUUAUAAUGACCUACAAACUGUAUCGCCAUAGAACACAUUUUGUUAUGUGAAAUGCUCAUAAAUAUCCUGUAAUGUAUUAAAGUGCCUUGUUAUGUCAAAGCUCUGCUGCCUUAUCAUAUGGUAUACCAUAUUCAACCUAAAAAGUCCACGUUGCAGUUACAAAACUAUUAACUUAAAAGAAGUGUUUCAAUAAAGAAAUAAUAGUACGAAAAAAUUAAAGAUUUUCUCGUAAUAAAGCUACUUUUUUUUCUACAGAGAAGUCAAUUUGUUUAAAUGUUAAAGAUUUGUAUUGGUAAGAUCAGUGAGAUUAAAUAGGAAACAUUUAUGAACUUUUGUUAAGAACAUAUAUCUGUCCUCUUUCCCC